AUGUCUUUGCAUUUCACUGGUUGUGUUGCGCCUCCUCUGUGCUCCUUCGAUUCCCCCCACUCCCACUCCGUGGCGCAGUCAGUAUUUGCAGAUCACCUCUCUAACGCUUGUUUCUCCCCUUCUUUUCUUCUUGUCAUCUGGCAGGGGGACCCCAUACCCGAAGACAUUUAUGAGAUUUUGGGUGGCAGCUCAGUGCGCUCCAUCAGCGACCUCCAGCGUGCCCUGCGGAUAGACUCCGUAGAGGAGGAUAGCUCAAGCCUGGACCUGAAUGCAACUCAGAGUGGUCAAAACCCCGUGGCCCUGUCUCGAGAGCGACGAAGCCUAGAUGCUCUGGCAGCGGCGGAGCCAGCUGUCCUCGCGGAGUGCAAGACGCGGGCGGUGGUCUUUGAAAUCUCCCGCAACAUGGUGGACAGCACCAACGCCAAUUUUGUGGUGUGGCCGCCCUGCGUGGAGGUGCAGCGCUGCUCUGGGUGUUGCAACAACCGCAACGUGCAGUGUCGCCCCACGCAGAUUCGCGUCCGGCACGUCCAGGUGAAUAAGAUCGAAUUUGUCCAGAGGAAGCCAAAAUUCAAAAAAGUCGUCGUGCCUUUGGAGGACCACGUGCAGUGUCGGUGUGAAGCGGUGUCCCGUCAGCCCCCCAGGAGCAGCCGGCCAGGGCCACGUGAACAGAGACGUCUGUCACCGUCGUUCACCACAGCCGCUGUCUCACAGAGGCAGCGAGUAAGCCGGCCGCCGGCACAGAAGAGGAAACAUAAGAAGUACAAGCAUGUCAACGAUAAGAAAGUGCUGAAAGAAAUCCUCGUAGCAUAGAAGUGCUGGCAGGGGAGAGAGAGCACAAGGCAGGUUUAUUUAAUAUAUUUGCUGUAUUGCCCCCAUGGGGUCCUCGGAGUGAUAACUUUUCCUCUUUGUCCGUCUGCCUCGACGUCUGAUUCAGACGGCAAUUGGUGCUUCCCUUUCCAUCAGUGGACCUUAUCCCACCAAAGCCUCUCCCUUCUUUCAUUUAUUAGCAUAAUUUUACACACACACAAAAAAAGGACAAACAUGACCUAUCUAUCUAUCUAUAUAUAUAUGAGAAAAGAACAAAGUACAAAUAAAACCAUGAACCCUGACAGCCACAACAUGCGAUGAGGACAGGACAAUGCCUUCCCUGCUCCUGAGGAUGGGAUGGAAAAUGUGAAAAGGAGAGUGGGUCCAAUUUCUUGCAAGAGAAGGAGAAAAACAAAUGGACAGAAGGCAGAAGGGGAAUAUUCCCCCUUCCCCUCGUGUUUCUGGUAAGGCUGGGGGUCCCGUCUGAGAUCAACGCUUGCACUGGACGUACAUUUUGAAAAUGGGCAUAUCUC